CUUAUACUCUUUGGAUUCAUUGUCUUUGAUUCUCAUAAGUGUGACCUGCGACUUAGAAGAAUUUUUAAAUUUUUUGAAUAUAAUAAACCAUAAUGGCUGCAAUUAGCUUAUUAAAUCCUAAAGCCGAAUUUGCGAGAGCAGCUCAUGCUUUAGCUUUAAAUAUAUCGGCUGCAAAAGGCAUUCAAGAUGUAAUGAAAACUAACCUCGGCCCUAAAGGCACCAUGAAAAUGCUGGUAUCCGGUGCGGGUGAUAUUAAGAUAACCAAGGAUGGUAAUGUAUUAUUACAUGAAAUGCAAAUCCAGCACCCGACAGCCUCCCUCAUUGCACGUGCAUCAACAGCCCAAGAUGAUGCUACUGGAGAUGGAACCACAUCAACAGUAUUACUCAUUGGAGAGUUACUGAAGCAAGCUGAAAUUUACAUUAGUGAAGGUUUGCAUCCUAGAAUAAUCACCGAAGGCUAUGAUUUAGCUCGCAACAAAGCUUUGGAAAUAUUGGAGUCAAUGAAAAUACCAAUAGAAAUUACUAGAGAGAGUUUAUUGGACAUAGCACGUACAUCACUCAAAACUAAGGUCCAUGCAAGUUUGGCGGAUGUGCUGACAGAUGCGUGUGUGGAUGCAGUUCUAUCUAUAAGAACUAGUGACAAGCCUGUUGAUCUUCACAUGAUUGAACUGAUGCAGAUGCAGCAUAAGACUGCUACCGAAACAACACUUGUUAAAGGUCUAGUCUUGGAUCACGGUGCCCGACACCCUGACAUGCCGAAGCGCGUUGAAAACGCCUACAUCUUGACCUGUAACGUCUCCCUUGAGUAUGAGAAGACAACUGUCAAUUCCGGAUUCUUCUACAAAAACGCAGAGGAGAGGGACAAACUUGUCGCAGCUGAGAGAGAUUUUAUCGAUCAAAGGGUUAAGAAGAUCAUUGCUUUGAAGAAAAAAGUUUGUGAUGGUACAGACAAGACCUUUGUUGUCAUCAACCAGAAGGGUAUCGACCCAUUGUCUUUGGAUGCGUUCGCCAAGGAGGGUAUGAUCGCUCUCCGCAGAGCUAAGAGGCGUAACAUGGAGCGUCUGGCGCUGGCUUGCGGGGGCUCCGCCAUGAACUCUGUAGAUGAUCUCACUGAAAGCUGCCUCGGAUACGCCGGACUGGUCUAUGAACAUAUCCUCGGAGAAGAAAAAUACACCUUUGUAGAGGAGUGCAAAAAUCCUCAGUCGGUGACUAUUCUUAUCAAGGGUCCCAAUAAGCACACUCUACUUCAAAUUAAAGACGCCGUUCGCGACGGUCUCCGAGCUAUUAACAACGCUAUCGAAGACAAAGCAGUGAUAGCGGGAGCUGGUGCCUUUGAAAUCAAAGCAAAUUUGGAAUUGCAGAAGUACAAGGAUACUGUUAAAGGAAAAGCACGUCUCGGAAUACAAGCGUAUGCUGAGGCCUUACUCAUUAUACCCAAAAUGUUAGCUGUCAACUCUGGUUAUGAUGCACAGGAUACGAUUGUGAAGUUGCAAGAGGAGACUCGUCUUAGUCCUGAUGCGAUCGGUCUAGAUUUGAGCACCGGUGAAGCUAUCAAACCGUACGAUUUGGGCAUUUUAGACAAUUAUAUUGUAAAGAAGCAAAUUCUUAAUUCUUGCACUAUAAUCGCCAGUAACCUUCUUCUCGUUGAUGAAAUUAUGAGAGCCGGCAUGAGUAGCCUCAAAGGUUAAUUAAUUUGUUAAAUUUACGUUCUAUCUCUUACACUACUUAUAUUUCAUUUAAUUUACUUUAGCAACACUAAGAUUUGUGCAUUU